AAGUUUUUAAGAAGUAUCUCAAGGUAUGCAUAUGGGUUUACUUUGCUCGAUUCCGAGCUUCAAGUCGCGGUUUUCACGCGUUGGCGCAUACAAUUGCAUUUGCGACAACAGCGCAUCGCAUUCAACAUGACCGUGCAUCACCACCUUAACUUCUUAUCAUCUAUCUGCCCCUCAUUCGCAUUUAUUCGAGCUGUCGCCCGACCGCACCACCCAACAACCGAUUCCCUAAUUCAGCACGCUUUUACCUUACCACAUAGUCUCCUAUCACUCAAUCUUACGCACGCAUAUCUAUUUAGGCCAAUAGGAACUAACAUACAACUCCAUUAGAACACCAGUCAAAAUGCCAAAGGAAGCGACCAAGCGUGGCAAGGCCGGUAAGGUCGAGAAGAGAAAGGGAAAGAAGGACCCCAACGCACCCAAGCGUGGUCUCUCGGCUUACAUGUUUUUUGCCAACGAGCAACGAGAGAACGUUCGUGACGAGAACCCCGGCAUCUCAUUUGGCCAAGUUGGAAAGAUCCUUGGUGAACGAUGGAAGGCGCUCAACGACAAGCAACGUGCCCCUUAUGAAGCCAAGGCGGCGGCCGACAAGAAGCGAUAUGAAGACGAGAAGCAAGCCUACCAGGCCGAAUCCGAUUAGGCUGGCGGAGAUGAUGAGAGCGAAUAGUAAUGUCCUCUCAUCUUGCCCGCUUGUUGGUCACGAGGUUUCACGACGCGAUGAUUCUGGUCGUGUGGCCUAAGGAGCCUCUUGACCGUGGUAAAUGGCACAAGUUUCCUUUCCAGUCUAAUGCGUAUGGGAUCGGUCGGUGUUGAUGCACAGGGAAAGGGACAUUGUGCUUUAGUUUUCUUUACAUCAUUUUCACUCUGACUGGACCAGAGUUCGGGGAAUUACCCUGGUCCAGUGGCGUUGUCGCAGCUGAUUCAAGCUAGCUAUCUUGCAACGAAGCUCGAAGCUAUCACGUCGGUGCUUCCCAACGCGAUGUAAAAAUAGUUUGCUCUUACCAUCGAAGAGAGUUGUCCUCACUAGUAUUUAGUCCUAGCUGGCCCAUUACUCUAGCUCGUGAUAUAAUGAUUACAGAUACAAUACUG